AUCGUCUGUCUGAGGUGUGUCCGACGUUUUGUCGCAUGGCAAACCGUAGCAGCCAGUAGUCUCCAGCGAUUUAGCCUUGCACAUAUCGAGUCGAAUGCAAUAAGGUGGGCUUCCAUGGGUUAAGACUCAAAAGAUCAUUAUCCUUGAUCCAGCGGGGUAGACUUCCGUUCCCCACUUUGCGCCGGAACUCCCACUUCUGUUGCACAUUGUUUGUCUGUCUCAUCAGUUUCCCCGAACACCAUCUUCCUUCAAUUUGACAACGGUAGCCUAUUAGGACCAAUAUCUGGAAAUUUCAUUACAGGAUUCGGACGUGAUGACUUCUCUGUCUCUGAAAGGCCCAGGCGCUGCGCAGACAUACGAUGGGGCUGGGCUACGAAUCGCCAUUGUCCAUGCGAGGUGGAAUAUGGGCAUAAUUGGUCCUCUCGUGGAUGGGGCUAAGCGGAGCCUCCUUGCAGCUGGAGUUUCUGAGAAUAACAUAACCGUCCACACUGUUCCAGGCAGUUAUGAGUUGCCCUUCGCCGUGCAGAAGUUAUACGCGGCUUCCCAGAUUGAAGCUUCCAAAGGCUCAGCCUCGGCGCAAGGCAUCAGUGCCACCGAUUUGCUGUCCUCCUCUACAGCGGACCUCACGAAGGCAUCUCCACAGUCGCCAUCUUCCGAUACGCCUAGACCUUUUGAUGCCAUCAUUGCCGUUGGAGUGCUGAUUAAAGGGGAGACUAUGCAUUUCGAAUACAUCGCGGAUGCCGUCUCUCAUGGAUUGAUGCGUGUGCAGCUCGAUACGGGAGUGCCGGUCAUCUUUGGCGUGCUUACUGUCUUGACUGAAGAGCAAGGCUUGGAAAGAGCCGGCCUGGGCAAAAAGGGGAUGCACAACCAUGGAGAGGACUGGGGUAAUGCUGCAGUAGAACUUGGAGCAAAGAGAAGAGACUGGGCUGAGGGUAAAGUUGUUUAGUGGACCUUCAGCAAGGCAUCGAUUUCUUUUCCGUUUUGAGUUGGUUCGAAGUUGAUUUACGGUAAUCGAUCACCUCUACAAAAGAAGAAUAAUCGAUUGCUUUACGUUGAAGAUCGGAACCUUGAUUGGCGGCCUUAAGUCACAGUUGCCAUAUAGCAUACAUUCGUUUACCGUGCAUUAAGAUAUGAAGGUCACAUGAAUAAGGGCAAAAUAACGAG